AUGUCUAGCGCUGAAUUACUUCAAGAAAUUGAGAUACUUACCAAGCGUGUUGAGGAACUGGAGAAGACAGAAAACGAUGCGACGCCAUCGUCGAGUUUAAACCUGCCCGUGGUUCAAGUAAAUAAUCAGAAAGCAAAGCCAGAUAACUACUCGGACGGCCCGUGGAACGAGUGGAUUAGUCACUUCAAGCUGUGUGCUCAGAUAAACAACUGGGACGACACACAGUGUUGCCAACAGCUAGCUGUUUCUCUUCGCGGUAGAGCUCAGCGAAUCUACUUGACGCCUCAAGAUAACGAGAAGACGUGUUUUGACGACCUAGUGAACGCACUACAGUCUAGAAUUCAGCCAGACCAACAAAGGAAAAUCCACAAGCUGACCUUCAAUGCGAGGAAACGAAAACACGGGGAGAACAUUGUAGAUUUAGCAACUGAUCUGCGACAACUCGCUGCACUGGCGUACCAAAACAAGGAUAAGUCGCUUGUCGAGGAGGAACUCGUUGAACAAUUUAUCCGUGCCCUCGACAGUAAGGAACUACGUAUCGGAGUGAGUCAAAGUGACCCAAAAUCUCUCGAUGAAGCUGUAAAACUAGCGUUACGUCUGGAAAGUAUUCAUUUGGCUGAAAUGAAAAACAACAACACCGCGAAAAUCAACAUGGCGGGAGACGAGCGAGAUACCGCUGGCUUCGACAUGGCGGGCGCGAGAGAUAAACGAGAUACCGCAGGCCUCAACAUGGCGGGCGCGAAAAAGGAAGAUCAAUCAACACCACGAUGGGCGAAAAAGUACUUUGAUCAACAAGCGGAACUGAUGGAUAAAAUGAGUAAAUUUCUUGUGAACAAACCAAAUACGGCCUCAUACCCAAGACGUCAAAAGGGAAAUAGCCAGUGCUACCGUUGUGGAAAAUAUGGUCACUUUGCACGAGAAUGUCAAUCGCAGAAUCAGGGAAACGCCUACAGGGCGGGCGCUUUAUAGAGCCCCCGCCCGCGCCGAAACGUGUUGAAACCGCUGAGUUUAGGAAUAAAGGCAAAGCUAGUGCAACAGACGACGCCACAAUAUUUGUGAACUGCCGAGUUAACGGGUACUAUGUUAAAGCUUUGGUGGACACUGGCGCAGCCGUGACUAUCAUGCACGAGGAUUUACUGGCGCGAGUACGUAAUAAAGGAACAGAAGUGAGACGCGCGACAAAAACAAUCGUGGGUGCGAACAAUACGCCUUUAAAUAUAAUUGGAAUUGCCGAGAUAGACAUUUCAGUAUGCGGGAAUUCAGUAACUCAUGACGUUUUAAUUUGUAACGAUUUAGCACAAGCAAUGCUAAUUGGAGUAGACUUCUUAAAACCUCAUAAGUGCAUAAUAGAUUUCGAGAAGAAUACAUUACGAAUAAAAAGAGAAGAAGAAACAUUGUCUUAUUCAAACGAGCGUAAAGUAUGCCGGGUUGCAAUUGCCCAGUCUGUCGUUUUGCCAGGAAAUUCAAUGAUAACUAUUGCAUGUAAAGUGGAGAAUGGAACGAUUCAGAACAAUAAAAGUGGAGUUCUUGAGCCCAUG